CCAAGAAUAUCCUCGACACACUGCAUCUUAGCAUCGAUCUCACCAGAGACAACAGAGAAGCAAGUGUCCUCAGGGAGAUACUGACAAACGGGCAUCCUGGAGGAAGGCGCACGAGAAAAUCGGCAAGAUGCAGCCCUCCAUGACUCCUCUUGCCUACCGGAAGUAUAUCUGCGAGUUUGAUAUCACCCAGAUCAACCCCACCCAUAUAGCCGCCCAGUUGACGCUGGUCGACUGGCGUUUCUUCUCGGCAGUCACACCCGAUGCUGUCGCCUCGCACCUGUGGCCAUCCAGAACCGCCAACGCAGAGGCCAGACAGGAGUCGCUUCUGGCCCUCAUCCGCCGAUGCAACACCAUCUCGUACUGGGUGUGCACCGUGGUGUGCUCUUACGAGCAUGCCAAGAAGCGAGCUGAAGUCAUUGACCUGUUCGUUCGAGUCGCCAAACAUUGCAAAGAGCUCAGCAACUUCUACUCGGCCAUGGCAAUCUUUUCCGGUCUGAGCAACCAAGCCGUUGCGCGCCUCAAGAAAACACAAGAGCUGCUUUCCAAAAAGGCUCGCCGAGACUUGGAGCUUCUCGGCAAGGACUUCUCAUACGAGCACAACCACAAAGUCACCCGGGCACUCGAGAACGCGGCAAUCAACGAAAAGAAACCCAUGAUUCCGCUCAUUAUGCUUAUCAUGAAAGACCUGACGGCCUUGAGAGAGCGCAACGACGCCAUCGGGACGAACGAGCAAAUCAACAUUGGCAAGCUCCGCAGUCUGUACCGACGCCUUUCUGUGAUCGAGGACCUCAAAGACCGCCCAUACACUACUCUCGAAGUGAGCAACAUUCCCGUCGCAGGCACCCGCAUCAGUCUCUACGACUACUGCCACGUUCUUCCAAGUUUGUCCGGCCCAGACAUAGACCGUCUCUCUCACGCUGUCGAACCCCCCAACCACCGCAUUGGCUGUUCUGAAGUGCCCCUGGCCCGCAAGGACAGUAUUGGCUCGGCCUCGAUCGUGAUCCCCAUCGGGAGCCCUGACGAUGCUCGCAUUCGCCCCGCGCCGUCAAUCGACAAGCUCUCGACCAACUGGGAUGCAGCAUCGAUUAGCAUCAGCCUGGCCGAUGCGCAGCCGCCCCGGUCGCAUUUCCUGAACCAUGCAGGCGGCAUAGAAGGUCGGUUGAUAAGCCGCAUGCGCAAGAAGCAGUCCAUCUCAACAAUCAACUCGGCUCUGGUCGACCUGAUUGAGGACAUGGAGUCGCACGAAGACCCCAGGCAUAUCACCGGGUCUGAGCCCAGCACCUUGGCUUCCCCGGUUCCUCCGCCAAGAUUGCAUCCUAGCCCUCAGCCCCCGAAUCCACCCCAUCGUGGACUGUCGCCUCCAAGUUCCUUUGGGCAUGGUUGCUAGAUCAAGGCACAGGAACAGCGGCCUGGCGUUGCAUCGUUCCUGGAACCCCCGUUCGAACCCGAGAUCCUCCACUAGAUAUCCUCGGCACAAGUGCGCUGUAGGUUUGCUGAUCUGUCUUUCCGAUUCUACUCCCUCUCCUGCUCGAGUGCAUGAAGCAUUUCGCCCUGUGUCAGUCCACGCACUGUACACUUAUUCACCUGUGUGCAUCUGGCUCUACCAUGCAGUGCCAUCACCUUUGUAGCUCCGUGUUGCCUUCUUUUAUAUUCUCGGCUUUUUCUCUGCUUGACCACUGCUUCAUUCCGGCGGGCCGUGCAACGACCGAGCAUUGCGAGCCCA